UAUCGUCUACAUCUGCAAGACAGUGUGUGUAAAUAUUAGCCUUGUCUUCCACUUGCUAGGGUUUUCCUCGCUGCGUCCGCCCGUGUGUAAGCCAUCAUGCCAUGGUGGACAAUGAUAACGAAGACUCAAUGGCGCCACAAUCGGUCUGACGCGUAAGGAGCCAGUGUCUUUCCUGACUAAUCUUCGAGUGCAAUAAGUGUGAAGCAGGAGAGUGCGUCGCAGGAGGCCUGUGUGGUGCGGCGUGAGAGUGUGAGGCGUAGAACCUUGUUCCUCACACUCGGCUCUCACUUGCUUCUCCCCCGGCGCCUGCCGGAGGCACGUGACCUGCCCUUAAAACGGCUAAAUGUCAGUGUAAGACAUUUACUGCUCGAGCUCAGUCUGGCCGCCGAUUAGUGGCAGGAGAAUAUGUAUAUAUGUCGCCGCCGCGACCUUGAUUUCGCCGCGGAAAAGGUGUCUCUUGUCAAGUGAGUGGAACGUGUUCUAACGAAUUACCAGGAACCGUGUCCUGCGACCACCCUCCUCUUGAGCACGGCGGUGGAGGAAGCCCAUCAGCGCGAGGCAUGCCUCCCCUGAAGGCGGCAGUGUGAGGACUUGCGCCCCUGCCCCCUCAGUCAGUGAGCGACGGCGAGGAAUUAGGCGCAUCUAUGAGUGAGUGGUGGAGGUCGUGGCUGCCAGGUGACCCUAGCGUCCUGCAAUGCCCCACCGCCCUCCUCCUCACUGGGGGCGUUGUGCUCUUCUGCAUCGCCGCCUACGUGAUGACAAGGCCCUACUUGUACUCUCACCUCUUCUACGACAACACAGAAACUGAGCGGCGCAUCAAACCAAACAAUCCAGAGUUCAACGCGCAGUUUAAUUAUGCCAAAAACUACAUCAAGACCUCCAAGUACACGCUGCUGAACUUCAUCCCGUACAACCUGUUCGAGCAGUUCCAGCGGCUGGCCAACUUCUACUUCCUGUGCCUGCUGGUGCUGCAGCUGAUCCCCGUCAUCUCGUCGCUCACGCCCGUCACCACCGCCGUCCCCCUCAUCGGCGUGCUCAUGGUCACGGGCAUCAAGGACGCAUACGAUGACUUCCAACGCCACCGCAGUGAUAACCAAGUGAACAGGAGAAAGUCCUACGUGUUGAGGAAUGGCCAAUUGGCAGAAGAGAUGUGGAGUAAGGUGGAAGUGGGCGAUGUGAUCCGGAUGGAGAAUAAUCAGUUUGUGGCAGCCGAUGUCUUGCUGCUGUCCACGUCUGAACCCAACGGCCUUUGCUAUAUUGAAACAUCGGAGUUGGACGGGGAGACCAACCUGAAGUCCAAGCAGUGUCUGCCGGAGACGGAGGACUUCGGGCAAGAUGUUGGCCGCAUCGGGUCAUUUCAGGGUGAAAUUCGAUGCGAACCCCCGAACAACCAGCUUAAUAAGUUCGAUGGAACCUUGUACUGGGAUAACCAAGCGCAUUCUUUGGACAACGACAAGAUUCUGCUGCGUGGUUGCAUCCUCCGGAACACUCAGUGGUGCUACGGCGUGGUCAUCUUCGCCGGCAAGGACACCAAACUCAUGAUGAAUUCUGGGAAGACAAAGUUCAAACGCACAAGUAUUGAUAGAUUGUUAAACUUCAUUAUUUUAGGGAUUGUAUUUUUUCUGCUUUCUAUGUGCCUAUUUUGCACUGUAGCCUGUGGAAUAUGGGAGACAUUGACAGGUCAGCACUUCAGAAUUUACCUGCCAUGGGAUAGUCUUGUACCGCCAGAGCCAGCUGGUGGUGCUGCUGUGAUAGCCCUCCUGGUCUUUUUCUCAUAUGCAAUUGUCCUGAACACCGUUGUGCCUAUUUCUCUAUAUGUUAGUGUGGAAGUAAUUCGAUUAUGUCAGAGCUUCCUCAUCAAUUGGGAUGUUGCCCUUUGUUAUGCUCCUACUGGGGUGCAUGCAAAAGCACGCACAACCACCCUGAAUGAGGAGCUUGGCCAGAUUGAAUAUAUUUUCUCAGACAAGACUGGAACUUUAACACAGAAUAUUAUGACAUUCAACAAAUGCUCUAUAGCAGGAAGAUCAUUUGGAGAUAUAAUAGAUCCAAGAACAGGUGAAAGUUUGGAAAUUAAUGAGUCAGGAACUUGGGUCAGAAAGAAAACGAAGAAGUCAUCAAGCAAGAGAAAUGCCAACCUGAGAACAUCACCUGAAGCCACAGUGGACCUCAUUGGUCCCUUAGAUGAGACAGAGGUCAACCUGCUGAGCGACGAAGAGUACCGACAGGUAGAUGCUUGGGCUCGGCAAAGUCCAUCGACCCCUGAGUUCUGUCGAAGUGAUUUUAAUGGCACGGGACAGCUGGGCCAAUUCCCUGGCAGCCUUGGCAGGGAGAUGGAGCAGAGCUGUUCAAUUGAUUUACUUGAUCUCUCUUCUUCAGAUUCCGAAUCAAGCCAACAAAAGCCAUACACAAGAUCAGUGGAUUUGUCACACAACCCAUACCAUGAGUCAAGCUUCAAGUUUUAUGACCAUGCACUGACAGAUGCUCUAGAUGCUAAUGAUCCCAGCUGUGAGCUCUUCUUUCGACUCCUUGCACUUUGUCACACUGUGAUGUCAGAGGAUAACAAUGGAAAAUUGGAAUACCAAGCACAGUCACCAGAUGAGGCAGCGUUGGUCUCAGCUGCUCGCAACUUUGGUUUUGUUUUCCUUUCACGCACGCCAAAUAGUAUUACCAUAUCAGCAAAAGGAACUGAAGAAGUAUAUGAGCUGCUUUGUAUCCUUGACUUUAAUAAUGUCAGGAAAAGAAUGUCGGUAAUUCUCAAGAGAGAUGGUAAAAUACGUCUAUAUUGUAAAGGUGCUGACUCCAUCAUAUAUGAAAGACUAAAAGAUGGACAAGAAAGUUUGAAAUAUCACACUCAGGAGCAUCUAAAUAAAUUUGCAGGGGAAGGUUUGCGAACACUAUGCCUUGCGUACAAGGAUUUAGAUGGAGAAUAUUUUCAAGAUUGGAAAGCUCGGCAUCAUGAAGCUGCCAUUUCUCUGGACAGGCGAGAGGAGAAAUUGGAUGCUAUUUAUGAAGAGAUUGAAAAGGAUCUUAUUCUCUUGGGAGCUACAGCUAUUGAGGACAAACUGCAGGAUGGGGUGCCUCAAACCAUAGCCAAUCUUGCAGUUGCUGGCAUUAAGAUCUGGGUGCUUACAGGUGACAAACAGGAAACGGCAAUUAAUAUUGGUUAUUCCUGCCAGUUGUUGACAGAUGAUAUGCUUGAUAUCUUCAUCAUUGAUGCCCACACUGCCUCCGAAGUUGAAGAUCAGCUCAAGAAAUAUCGUGAAGAGAUUCGCAAUGUUAAUGCCACAAGUCAACCUCAGACAAAUCUAUCAGUUGUCACAUUCAGCGAUGAAGGCGUCGGGCAGGAUACUCUGAGUGAUGCUGGUGAGCCAAAUGGAGGCUUUGCUCUGGUUAUUAAUGGACACUCCUUGGUUUGGGCUCUCAGUCCCAAGUUUGAGCAGCUCUUCCUGGAAGUUGCCAGUCAGUGUAAAUCCGUUAUUUGCUGUAGAGUGACACCCUUGCAAAAAGCCUUGGUUGUUGAUUUGGUGAAACGCUACAAGAAAGCAGUGACUCUGGCAGUGGGUGAUGGAGCCAAUGACGUGUCAAUGAUUAAAACUGCUCACAUUGGAGUAGGCAUAUCUGGCCAGGAGGGCUUGCAAGCAGUCUUGGCAUCGGAUUAUUCAGUGGCGCAGUUCCGUUUUCUUGAGAGACUGUUGCUGGUGCAUGGCCGUUGGUCCUACUACCGGAUGUGCAAGUUCCUUAGAUACUUCUUCUACAAAAACUUUGCUUUCACUUUGUGCCACUUUUGGUUUGCCUUCUUUGUGGCAUUCUCAGCACAGACACUGUUUGAUCCCAUGUUUAUAUCAGUCUAUAAUCUGUUCUACACAUCGAUGCCUGUGUUGGCUCUCGGCAUCUUUGAACAAGAUGUCAAUGCAGUGAAUAGUAUCAAGUUUCCUCGUCUCUACGGCCCUGGCCUCAGCAAUGCUCUGUUUAAUAAACGAGAAUUCUUCAGAUCUGCCCUUCAUGGAUUUCUAACCUCUUGUGUCCUGUUCUUCAUACCUUUUGGUGCAUACUACAAUGGCAUGGAUCAGGAUGGCCGUAGCAUGGCUGAUCAACAGACAUUUGGCAGUGUUGUAGCAACAAUUCUUGUCAUUGUAGUCACUGUACAAAUUUGUUUGGAUACAUCAUAUUGGACCAUGUUCAACCACAUCACCAUAUGGGGAUCUCUCAUCUUUUACUUUCUGCUGCAAUACUUCUACAACUUUGUCAUCGGUGGUGAAUAUGUUGGAGCUCUAGCAAAGGCCAUGGGUGAGCCAAUGUUCUACUUUACCUCGCUCCUAACUAUUGUGGUGCUGAUGCUGCCUGUGAUGGCGUGGCGCUUCUACUGGGUGGAUGUCCACCCCACUCUUUCCGACAAGGUGAGGUUUAAACAGCGCCAUGAUGCAAAGAUGGCAAGCAAGAGAUCUGACCAUGACAUGCUUCGCACUCCAUCGGCAAGAAGAUCACGGCGAUCCAUCCGCUCGGGUUAUGCAUUUGCCCACCAGGAAGGGUUUGGCCGCCUCAUCACAAGUGGGAAAAUCAUGCGGCCGAGACAUCCAAAGCCUGGCGCCAUGUCCAAUGGCCGAGCCUCAAAUCUUCGUCCAGAUGCCAACAGAGUUUCAAUGGUGGCACCAGCACCCUCUACGGUGGAGGUGUAAUGAUCACCUUUUGUACUUAUCAGUUGUGAAUGUGUGUGUGUGCGCCUGUAUAUAUAAUAUAUUGUGGUGAUGAAAUAAUGUUUGGGGAUAUUUAUUUGAAUCUGCCACUGGUGCCAAUAGUUUGAUUUAGGAAACUAGAAAACACUUAGUAAAUACAAUUCUUUUAUUAAUACAGUAUUUGAAAGUUAUUUUCUUAAUAGCUUAUGUGAACCUAGGUGAUAAAGGCAGAGCCUUAAUAUUCUUGUAAAUGGAGAAACGUCUGUGUGAGAGGAAAUAUCAAAGAAAAAUGAAAUUCAGAAAAGUGAACUUCAGAUGAAGACAAUAGUGAUACAGUUAAGAAAAGAAAGAGAAAAGUGUUUGAAGACUUAUGCAUAGAAUGCCAAGCUUUAUUUUUUUUUUUUUUUAUCCCAAAAUGGAAAGCUAAGAUUGCCUUGACUUGUACUUAGGCCACGAUGGAGGUGCCACUAGGUGCUCCCUUCUCAUAAGUGUACUUAUGCUAGAUUUCUCAGGUUUUCUUUCUUUUAUAUGAUUUUUUCUUUUUUUCUCCCCUUCUCUUUCUUUAUUAUUAAUGUUGAAGUUAUUAUUUAUUUUCUUUAGAUUUUUUUUUCUCAAUCAACUAAUUGUUUUUCUCAUGCAUAUGUCCAUCUUUGUGGUGGAAGUGUUGGGCAAGGAACAAUGUGUGGUGGCUUUUGUGGGUUGUUCUUGUUCCUUUUGUGAUUUUUUUUUUUUUUUUUUUUUUUUUUUUGCUUUCUAACUUUUUCAUGAAAGAUGUACAUUUGUAGGUAUUCGUUAAGGUAAUGGAAUUCCAUAUGUGCUGAUUGAUAUACAUUCACAUGUAAUCUGAUGAUGUACAUGUUAAAACAUAUAAUACAUCCAUACAGUUUACAUUUUUUAUACACAAAUUCCAACUUAAAAUUUCUUACAGAAAAAGAAUACACAUUUACAUUUUCCAGCUAGUCAUUGUUCUUUCAUUUCACAAACCACUAUGCAAUAAUUGUACAUUAAAGCUACCAGUGGAAUAGCGGCGACACUAUGCAUAAGCUCAUUUUCACAAAUUCAACCCUAUCCAAGACUCCCCUUUCUUUCAGUAUAUCUAGGGAUUGUUUUGCAACUGUGGAGAAUCUUACAAACUUAGUUUAGUUUUUGAGAGAGAUAAAAGUCUGUUAUAGCCUUCUUUUGGCUCCCAUUGGUCCUUCUUACUUUUGUCACAAAUACUGACUUCUCUGAUUUUUGUGCAUGGAUUUCGUUUCUUGCACCUUCUGCUGUAUUUGUUUGAGCUGUAACAUUUUUGCACUCCCUCUUGUGCAUGUACUCAUACUUGCAUUUAUAUUCACUCACAAUCACGUUUACAUUCCAGCUCACAUUCACAUUAACACUCAUACUUUAACAGAAACACACACACACACACACACACACACACACACACACACACACACACACACACACACACACACACUCACUCACUCACUCACUCACUCACUCACUCACUCACUCACUCACUCACU